AAAUUCGACUCGGUUUUAGAGGCGGUGCCAUCGCCAAGCGGUAGGAUCUGUGUGACAGUGCAGGGUACAGCUUUAGGUUGAGGGGCAGCGAGAGGAAAGAUUUUCUCCCGAUCCCGCUACAUACUCGCCACUAUUCCAUCGUAACAAACAUCAGCUUAAUUCAAACUGAUAUCAUUUCUGCACCGUGCUGGGAAUUCGCGAAGCUUGCUACAGUGAAGAAUAUUUACCACUCGCCUGCAGGACCUGAUCAGACUUCAACGUUUACUGUUAGUCGAACUUUCCCCUUUUUAUUUUGGAUUGUCUUGCAGUUAGAUUUUUUUUCUACCCGUUUUUAAUUCCAACCGGCUGACAUCUACAUGAUUUUAUAAUCUGCGGCGUGUCUUAGUCCUUUUUUUAAAUUAAGAGCGUUUUGCCGAAAAGUUUUAUUUUCAUUUCUAUUUUCGGGGGGAAGCGUUACAGUUUUUUCCACAAUGAAUAAGCUAUAUAUUGGAAAUCUGAAUGAAAACGUGACCGCAGAGGACUUGGUUAAAACCUUUGAAGAUCACAAGAUCCCAUACUCUGGACAGUUUCUCAUGAAAACUGGCUAUGCGUUUGUUGAUUGCCCGGACGACCAAUGGGCAAUGAAAGCAAUUGAAGCAUUUUCUGGUAAAGUGGAACUUCACGGCAAACGAAUUGAGGUCGAACAUUCUGUCCCUAAGAAGCAGAGGACCAGGAAACUCCAGAUCAGAAACAUUCCACCAAACCUACAGUGGGAGGUUCUUGAUAGUAUGCUUGCCCAGUAUGGAACUGUUGAGAACUGUGAACAAGUGAAUACAGACAGUGAGACUGCAGUUGUGAACGUCACGUAUGGGACACGGGAGCAGGCUCGACAGGCAAUCCAGAAGCUCAACGGAUACCAGUUUGAUAACCACGCCCUGCGUGUUUCAUACAUCCCUGACGAAAACUCCGAUGUCGACUCGCAGCGAGGCCCAGACAACGGCCGUCGUGCCGGGUACGGUCCACGAGGACAUUCCCGCCAGAUGUCUCCUGGUUCUGGGAUCCCCAGCAAACACCAGCACACUGACAUCCCGCUCAGGCUGCUGGUGCCCACGCAGUACGUAGGGGCCAUUAUCGGCAAAGAGGGCGCCACCAUCCGUAACAUCACCAAGCAAACUCAGAGCAAGAUCGAUGUGCAUCGUAAAGAGAAUGCAGGUGCCGCUGAAAAGCCCAUAAGUAUCCAUUCAACCCCAGAGGGCUGUUCAGCUGCCUGCCGCAUGAUCCUGGAAAUCAUGAUCCAGGAGGCCAAGGACACCAAAACUGCCGAUGAGGUGCCUCUGAAGGUUCUUGCUCACAACAACUUUGUUGGCCGUUUGAUCGGCAAAGAGGGACGCAACCUGAAGAAAGUGGAGCAAGACACUGAUACCAAGAUCACAAUUUCACCACUGCAGGAUCUGACUCUUUAUAACCCAGAGAGGACGAUCACGGUGAAGGGCUCGAUCGAGGCGUGCUGCCUGGCAGAACAGGAAAUCAUGAAGAAAGUGCGGGAGGCGUAUGACAAUGACGUCGCUGCCAUGAAUCAACAGACUCACCUGAUCCCUGGACUAAACCUGGGAGCGAUCGGCCUCUUCCCGCCUUCCUCUGCCAUGCCGCCUCCUGCCCUCGGAAACUCUGUGCCCGGUCCCCCUUAUGGCCCUAUGGGGGCCUCUGAACAGGAGACCGUCCACGUGUACAUCCCAGCUCAAGCCGUAGGAGCCCUUAUUGGCAAGAAAGGACAGCAUAUCAAGCAGCUGAGCCGUUUUGCUGGAGCUUCUAUUAAGAUUGCACCAGCAGAGGCUCCAGACUCAAAAAUGCGCAUGGUCAUUGUUACAGGACCACCUGAGGCCCAGUUCAAGGCUCAGGGCAGAAUAUACGGUAAGCUGAAGGAGGAGAACUUCUUUGGCCCCAAAGAGGAAGUGAAGCUGGAGACACACAUCAAAGUAGCAGCUGCGGCAGCAGGAAGGGUCAUCGGAAAAGGCGGGAAAACCGUGAAUGAACUGCAGAACCUCACCGCUGCUGAAGUAGUGGUUCCCCGAGAGCAGACCCCUGAUGAACACGACCAGGUCAUCGUCAAAAUCAUCGGCCACUUUUACGCAAGUCAGUUGGCACAGAGGAAGAUCAGGGACAUUUUGACACAAGUCAAGCAGCAGCAGAAAGGAGGUACAGGAGGUUCGCAGGGGUCCCAUCCGCAGGGCAUGUCUGAGCCGGGGACCCCUCAGGAACUGGCACAAGAACCCAGGAGGAAGUGAGAGGCCGGGGCCGCUACCCAGGCAGACGGACAGACAAAUGGGAGGACAAACGAGCGGACUGACUGAGAGAGAGAGAGAGAGUGACACACAGACCCAGCGGUAGACAGGGACAAAUGAGCAGCAAAACGAGAGUGUAUUAAAAAGACAAAAAAAAAGAUGCCUGUGAGAGGGCGAGGAAGCAAGUUUAGUGAAAAUGAACAAGAAAAAAAAAAAAGUGAAUUUUUUUUUUUUUUUUUUUUUUUUAAAGAGAGAUAACUAGUAAACAGAGACCAGAUGCCAGGCCAGGUGGAGUGACUGAGGAUGCUGAGGAGGUCUGUCAAAACGGAGCGCCCUCUGGUGAGAGCUUUUUACAUAGGGAAUAGGGUGUAAUGAAGGUCACUCAAAAGUGUGUAUUCAUAAAGGAUUCGAGCUUCAUGGGACUCUCAGCCAUCAGCAGUCACUUCAAAAAAAUUUCCUUUUUUUUUUUUUUUUUUGAAGAUAGAGAUAUAUGUAUAGAAAUCUUUAUUCAGAGGUAUUAUUAAUGAAAUGCAGUGAGGUAGAGUCGGGAAAGAGAGAGCAGAGAAUCCAUCAAAAUGUAUGGUGGGGGUGGGGUCACUAAUCAAGUGACUUCUCCUUGCCUAUCAGAGACGAGGGGAGGGGCCACAGUUGUUAACACUGCUCAUGAAGUCCCCCGCGCUGAACUGCUGGGGGUGACGAGAUGAAAAAAAAAGAAACAAAUGAGGUUGUAAAUAUAAUCUUCAUGACUAAUGCUGCACGUUUAACCAUCGACAAUCGGGUCCCUGGUUUAAGAGGGUUGCAGGGGUUUUCCUUCAGCUUCCCUUUUAGGCUGCGUGCCGUUUGUCCGGCGGGACGUGCGGCGAGAGUUCAGUAAGUGUGUGGGCUAAAGGUGACCUCUGCAGUUGUAUUGCAGUGGCUCAGCUUUGAUGUGCGGAGACCCAUCAGUUCUGUCCUAAACCACGCCGCCGAUGAUGGAUCGCUGCAGCGCUGCUCACACCCAAACGGCAUAUUUUAUAUAUAUUAUAUAUAUAUGAUAUGUGAGUUAACCUGGCCCCUCAUUGCAUUAGAGCAGGCAGACACUGGAAAGGAAUACAUUGUUCUGUGUUUUCCUGGGAAUAAAUAUGCAGAGACAGAAUCAAGUACGCCAGGUUUGAAGUAACAGGGAACAAGUCUGCCUUUAGGUCAAAGGUCAAGAACAGCUGAACACAAAAUGGUUUCUGUGCUCUAUCUCUCCCCCACUUUGUUUGACAUUUGCCGUUGAGGUUGCCAGAGUCCUGGCCUUGCUCACUGAUCCUAGAACAGAUUAGAUAAAAUGAAAUUAAGAUUUAAAAAAAAAACUACCUCAGGGUAUUGUUACCUCAGUAUUCCUAAUUUCUUCUUUCUUUUUUUUUUUUUUUUUGGCUUGCUUGCUGGUGUUUUUAUAUAAAAGCUGAUAGUCUUGAAUAUUUUAUUUUUUUAAGGAAGAAGUAUUUGACUUUUUCUUUUUGGGUAUGAGUGUAUGCGUGAGUGUAAUUGAGGGUGUUUUUCCUCACCUGAGCUCAGAAGGACUCCCAGGAAAAAUUCUGAAUUGUUUAGGUGGUCUCUCUCACCUGGGGUCCUUGAAGAGUCGCACUUGAAAUCACUGUUCAAUGGGACGUAGGACGGGUCAUACCAUCUCUGACAGGAGCAUAAUGAACGUUGCCAUACCACGGGAUUUUAAAUCUGACGCAUAUGCGUUUGUUUGUCAUACAAGCUGAUCGUAGAAAUCUAAAAAUGGCUUCUUUUUCUAACUUGUGCCAUUUAUUUUUGCACCUGUGGUGUGAUGUUAAUCAUUCUGCACUGAUGGAUUUUGACAUCAUUGGAUGACUUGCUUGAAAGGGCUCGACUUACUCGCCAUGCUUGAAAAAAAAAAAAGAAAGCAUGAUGACAAUCUACAGCCCCAAGACACUGAAUGUGAACCAUUCGACAUCUCUCUCUCCUGUAUUUUUUUUUUUUUUUUGGGAUUGAGUCUCGUCCUUCCCCAUUGUCCUUGAGCAAGUGUGCGCGAGUGUGUUUUCUAAAUGAGUUAAAGUGUUAAAUCUUUAUGUUGGGGAAGUGGUUUGGGUGUUUUAAAAAGGCAGGAACAUAAAAAAACACUCAAUUAAAAAAAAAAACUGACUGAGAACAUAAAAGGUACCUUUGCGAAAACGGAAGCCAAAAAAUAUUAAGUAAAUUCAAAAAACAACAUUCACAUCUCUCGAAUUGAAACCUGUAAAUAAUUUGUUUAACGGAACAAUCGGAUUAAAAAGCUUUUUGUAUUUUUUUUUUUUUUUUAGAAUAAAAUACUAAUUGGAUAAAGGAUGGAAAGACUUUUAAGCGUUAAAGAUGGAUGGACACUGCCAGACCACAUCCUUUUCGGGUUUCAUUCAGACAAAGGGUUUGCUAGCAUGUUCAUGUGCUUUAACCGCUCAUGGUCUUUUAUUUUGUUUUUGUGUAAGCUUCCCUUUCUCACAAUAGAUGGCAGUCUUCUGUUUUCUGCUUGAGGACUGAACUCGUCAAUGACUCCUCUCCAUUGAGACACAAUACAAACUGCUUUUCAGGCGGGACAGAAGCGUCUGUCCUGUUCCAGCCCGUAGACACACUCACACACUUCUGCUCUGUUCAGACUGCAGCAGCCUUUUUUUUUGUAUUUUGUUUUACUUUUUUUUUUUUUUUUUGACAGCAAGCUUUAUUUGGACAUGACAUCUGGUUGCGAACUGUUUCAUCAAUAAAAGACAAAAAAAUAUGUGAGCGAGAAAUAAUAGCAUAACAGCAGAUCUCCAAGAACUAACAUAGUGUUGUGACAAAAAAAAAAGAAAAGUAGUAGAUAUAUUAUUGUAAUUGCAUUUUUUGUUAUUUUGUGUCUUUUAUUAUUAAUAUUCUUUGGGUGAAAGGUGGAAGAGAUGAGAGGGAGAUGCCCUGGACCAUUUCAAAGGCCACAUUUGUCCCCUUCCUCUUUUCCCCCACAUGUUCUUACCUUUCACCCCCUUCCACCACUCGCUGCCUUCAUCCGCUCAUUCUGGUUUUGUGUUAUUAUCCGAUUCAAAAGAGACUUGGUCGAGCGACCUGUGGUUUCAUUUCUGGAGCUGAGCGCCCUCUCUCACGCUGGCCUCGUUUGUGACCAUUUCCUCUGUUCAGUUCAGUCGUCUGAUAUUGAAUUUCUUUUAAGUUUUAUUUUUCCUCAUUCGUUUUUCAAAUUGUCUUCAUUUAGUUUGGAUUAUAGCUAGGUUUCAUGAUCAGAGUUCUUUAUGCACAGACACCUCUUACACUGCUUCUAGUUCAUUUGAAAUACUAACAAAUGAUUCAUUCUUCACGUAAUACCUGUGCCAAACUGGGGUUGGUUUUGUUGUUAUACUCCAGGAAAAAGGAACUAAUUAAGACUGUUCGCAGUCAGGAACGGAUGCAGUGCUCAUGUAGAUACACAGUUCCCUGAGUACUGCGAGUCGGCCUCCCGUUUGGCACUUGGAAGUGUUUUCUUCUCUCCUUUUUUAUUUCAAGGUCCUCCACACGUUGUCGGUGGCGAGGGCUUGGACAAACCGUAGAACCGUUUAGCAUACUUGAGCUCAGAAAAGAGAUAGUAUGUUGUUUACUUAUGCAAUUCUGUGACGAGUCAAGCGAAUUGCUUUCGCUGGUCGCACGGACUGUUAAGUGUCCACUUGGAAAAGUUGCAUUGCAGUGAUAGAUCACAGGUUGAAGCGCGGCUUAGUUGGGUGUGAUCAUCAUAUCGACGUUGCAUGCCACUGUUGUAUCUCACCGUGCUAGUUUCUGGCCUCUCCUUAAGGAAGACAUUUGGGUGCUACAAAUGACGAAUCAAACCUCACAUAACUAGGAACGCUACCUCAAGACUUAGCCAUAAGAUUGUUUUUAUCAAGCAGAUGAGAGCGAAAGUGCAUGUUACAUUUGACUUUUGAGUUUUAAUUUAUUUUUAGCUCUUCAUUUCUGUAGACGUUUGGAUAGAAUACUACUCCAGCUUAGAGCUGGGACUCUUUUGCGGGGCAAGGUGGCAGGACAGGAAACGGAUGUGUUUGGUGAUGGUUUGCACGGGAGGAGGACCGUUGAAGAGCCUGUGAAAUUCUGUUAGUGCACACAGUUAAGUUAAAGUUACGUUGUGACUUAUGGUGCAUUCAAGUCAUGUCGGAAAGAUUUAUGGGUUGAAUGCACAUGAUUGCCACCACAAAGUUGUGGGAAACUCUUUAUUGGCCUUCCAAGAUGUAGAUGAGGUUGUUUCUUCAUUGGAACAGAUUUGGAGAAAUUCAGCAUUACAUCAGUUACUCGCCAAUGGAUCCUCUACAGUCAAUGGUUUCCGUCAGAAUGAGAGUUUAAACAGCUGAUGAAAACAUUACAACAAUCCACAAGUAAUCCACAAGACUCCAGUCCAACAGUUAAGUGAGAAGCUGCGUGUUUGUAAGAUUAAACCCAUCAAGAUGUUUUUUUUAACUUCAAACUGUUGUGAAAUGCAAGCCUUUUAUCCAUUAUAUUGCUUUACUUUGUGGAUUACUUGUUAUUGUGAUGUUUUUUUUUAACUCUCAUUCUGACGGCACCCAUUCACCGCAGAGGUGAGCAAUUACUCAAUGCUAAAUUUUUCCAAAUCUGUUCCGAUGAAGAAACGAACUCCUCUAAGCCCUAAAUUUUCAAGUCGGGGGGCGUCCUUGAGGAAAAUAUUGCAGGCACAAUGGAUCGCAUGCACAAAAUAAAGUAGUAUUGCGAAAAAUUACGAUUGCAGCAUGCAUUUAAUAAAAACAUUUGCAUUCUUUAUACAUCAUAUAUGGAAGUAAAAAAAUCUUUCACACCCAUCAAAGUGACUUGAACACACCUGACGUCGUAAUUUAUAACUUCCCAACUCAUAAAUACAGACUGAACGCACCAUAAGACCAGACUAUUAUGAAACUAAUGGCACAAACGUAACCAGGCCAGCAUUCGUAGAGUGACUAACGAUACCUCUGUAGAUGAAACACAUGACUGUGCCUGCUGCGCUAUUUCCUCUGUGUCCUUUCCCUUUUCGAUGGCACCACACUACCUCCAUGCCAUGCAGCCUUGACCCCCAAGUACAACCCUCCCCGUUUAGAAGCCCUUUUCUCACUGGUCUUGAAACAGUUUCACCUUCUUUCCUUUUCGGUGAAACUGGAUUUCAGUCAGCAACAAAUUAGAGCUUCUACUAAUAUUCUGUCCUCCACCUGUAGUCCCAUCUUCUCACUUAACUGCCUGAAUCAAAAGGCGCGACUCCUGUAACCAUGUGUUUUUCAUUUCUUUUGUUGAUCUACCUCUCAGAAUAAAUAUAAAUCGAUAUAGAAUAGAUCAUAAAACUAAAAAGGACACAAAAAGUUAAUUUUGAAAAUGUUAAGCUUAAUGAAUCAAUAAUAAUAAUAAUAAUAAUAAUAAAUGACUUGAGCAACUGGGUAGCAGCAUCUCCGUAUACUGUAGUGCAUAGGAGUCUUUUACUUCCAAAGAUGAUUUUUCUUCAGUCGUUUUUUAAAUUGUUCUGGAUGAAUUUGGAAAUGGAAAUGUGGGAGGGGUAAUAAACAUGUCAAUUCCACUAUCCAGUCUCUUUAUUUUAUAAUUUUUUUUCUCCAUUAUUAUUAAACUGACUUUAUUUUUAACUUACAAGUUGUUCAUCUUUCUGAUUUAUAGUUCUGAUGGCUUUUUAAAUAUGGCAUAGGAUUGUAUCUCUUAUGUUUGCAAUAGAAUCCGCUCUCUUUCUCUGUGAACCGCAACAUAAUAGUAUCUUUUCAGGCCGCACAGAGCAGCAUGAUGUUGAAAUCGUUUGCAUUUUUAUUGUUUCAUUUCACCUGUAAUGAUGCAACAGGAGAGGGAAGGUCUGUUGAAUUAAAUGGGGCACAUUUUGGGAGGAUGAGAGAGGAAGGAGACUACCUUUACUGGACUACCUUUAUCCCUUCACUCCUCUUCCAGCAGGUGCCACAGACAUUAUCAGGACUUUCAGCCUCUGCCUGCCUGAUUUACUUUGAUUCUCAUCCACAAUUGUUUUGAACUCCUUGUAAAGAAUACAGAGCAUAGAUAUGAAUGUGACAAUAAAUGAUGAGUAAACCGGU